CUCAUGAAAAUCUAGAGAAGCCUAAACUGAUUAUGAAAUUGAAAAUUGAAGAAAACAAAAUUAUAUUUCAAGUAAAAACAGAAGAAAAUGGGAAGAGGAAUGACAAAAACAUGGGGGGAAAAUUCCCUUGAAGCUCUCAUCGGGCGGCUGGGAAACCCUAACUUUCUGCACAUAGGAAUCAAAAUCGGAGAGCUUAUCCAUGUAAAUUUUAGAGGGAUUUCCAAUUUUCUGCCCAGAUUCGGGACAUUUGUCUCCCUCCAUUGAGUUUACGUUUAUUUACCCGGUUUUGGGUUGAUAAUUAUCCUCAUCUUUUGGAAAACAUUAGGAUAGAGCAGCACCGCUGUUUUGACAAUGAUCUUCGAUCGAUUGUUGAAAAGGAAGCAAAUUGAAUUUCAUCUUAUCCUCUCAAGAUUGGAAAGGAUGAUUAUCCCAUUCAAUUUUCGCGUGAGAUAUCGAUUCUCUCAUAAAUGGCCGCUCGGACGUCUCUCCAUUCAGAGUAGGGGCGAGAGAGCUAUAAAGGCUCGACGUUCAGGGGCCUGAAAUUCUCACCUUUCUCAGUGCAAAGCAAUCUCAUUUCCGAGCAAUACCAGCAAGCGAUCUUCUUUGCAAUUCUACCCUCAAGCUCCAACAUGCACCUGGUUAGGUUCGUUUCUAUUUGCCAUUUUCUCUUUACAUAUCUGUGACAAGAUGGGCAUUGUGGGGAUCAUUGGGGUACUGCUAUGCCUAGGAAUUCUGUUGCCAUAUUUACAUAUGUUUUGGAUGAAUCAGGCUAGAAACAUGGGUUCAAGCAAGGAUAAUGAUCAUAUCGUGGAGUUCGAAGAUGAGGAUGUGAAGGCAAUCUCAAUCUCAAACUCAACUCCCACUCUUUGUCCUAAAAGAGCUAUUCAGUUCUUCAAUUCCCUGCCGAAAGUCGUCACUUUUGGAAGCAUGGCUCGUACAGGUCUCAACUUAAUUGGAAGGCUCUUCAUGGAUAACAUGCCGAUUCCCCUGCUCCAGCGCAUCGUCAACAAUCUGUGGAGGUGCAGUGCUCCUGUGGCAGUCCUGGAAGCUGACUUGGGUCUGCUGCAAUUCUUGUUCAAGGAUGAAAGCGAUCGGGAUAGUCCUUCAGUGAGCACCAUAGAUAACCAAGGACCACGUCCUCAUGCUUAUGGAAUGGGCGCCGGUAACGGAAGAACUGUUUCAUAGGCUGGCAUGGGUUUCUUUAUGGGCACAAAUGUGUGCGAUCCCUCCUCAAUGUCGAACUGUUAAACUUGGACGGAGGCUGGCUAUCAAAUUGGGCGAGGAAAUGGAUACGGGGUUGUAUAGAACUCAUGGAGACUUGGGAUACUUUAUCAAGUCAAAAGUGUGCAUCAACAUCGAGCUCCCACUCUGCACUAGGCUGACAGCUAGCAAUCCUAGACUAGGGGAAUUCAGAGUCGUACAUAGAUAUAAGCGUCUUCCACUGUUUUGAUUUAAGUGUGAAAGGAUUGGCCAUGGGGAAGGGUAUGCCCCUUCCCUCGUCAUCAAGGUAAUGAAGUGUAUGGAUCAAACCUCUUGACCGAUCCUCCGGGAUUUAGAAUGGACGAAAAUACCAUGCUACCGAAGAAAGUUGUGUGGGUCAACCCGAACCAGCUUGAUGAAGUCAUGACUGAAGUGGAGCAAUUGGAGCUGGCCCCUAACAACAACUUGAACCCUGAGGCGGAGGUAAUAAUCUUUUUGCUUCUUUGAUAAUUUGGUAAGGGUUUUUCUGGUGAGAAUCAAUGGUUUUGAUUCCA